ACUUGAUCGUACUUCAAUUAAUAAAACUCAUUUGACAUUACCGAAUUCUGAAUCUGAAUUUGUUUCAUAAAUAUCUGAUCAUCAAAAAGAAACGCAUUUUUUAAAAAAAUGUUCGUUACAAGAAUACUUAGACCAGCAGCUGUGCAGAAUGUCCGAUUCAUGUCACAAUUAGGAGACCUAGGAAGCGGUGCCGGCAAAGGAGGCGGUGGAGGUGGUUCUAUUAGAGAAGCCGGUGGUGCCUUCGGCAAGCAAGAAGCGGCAAGAGAGGAGGAAUACUUCUACAAAAAGCAAAAGGAACAGUUGCAAAAGCUAAAAACUGAUCUUAAAGAUGAAAUAAGCUUCCACGAAGAACAAAUUAAAAGACACCAAGAAGCUAUCUCUCGCCAUAAGUCCCGAGUUACUGAGUUAGACAAGAAGGAAUAGUGAGUUCCUAUGAAUCCUCAAAUUUAGUUACUCUUUAUUUUCAUUCAUGUAUGUUUUAAGAUAGUGUAUUGCUUAAUAUUUUGAUUUCUUAAUAAACAAUCACUUGUU